AUGGUACAAAAUGAUGAGAAAUAUGAGGGCCUGAACCAGUUGGUUCUAGAUAGGAUUGAUAAAUAUGAACAAGAUAUUAUCAAUUUAAAAAAUAAGAAGUUAGCUAGAGACAAUGAAGACUACAAACAGGGUGUUGUCUAUACUUAUAUGAAAAAAACACCUCAAGAAAAUUAUAACAGUACUAAUUUAAGAGAAGAUAAUAGAACUAAUCAAACACCUAGACUAACCCAAUCACAUAAUACAUCUGAAUGGACCAUAGUGGACAGAUCUCGUAAUAGACAUAAAAAUAACACUGAUCGUAAUUACUAUAACGGUGGUUCCAAUAAUUAUUAUCACAAACCAAGAGAACAUUAUCAUAAAGAUAACCCAAACCCUAAUUAUAUAUCUAACAAUGGUGGGUAUCAUAAUAGGUACCAUUCCCGUGAAGAAUAUAAUAGAGAACCAAGAUACCAUACAUAUCAAGAUAAAAAUAUGGAAUAUAAUAGAUAUGAAUCUAAUAAUAGAUUCACUACCUUGAGAGAUAACUCUCCUGGUAGUCAUAAUAUCUCACAUAAUUCGAGAUCUGAAUAUGAGCAUGGCCCUAGAUACUCCAAUCAUUACUCCAACCGAUCUGUAUAUAAUAAUAAUAAUAAUAAUCGUUCUAAUCACAAACAGAAUGGUCAGUAUCAGAAACAUACUUCAGAACAUCACCCAUAUACGAAUAGACGUCUAAAUCAUCAGAAUUCCCCAUCAUAUUCUAAUUAUCAUUCCAAUCCCACUCCUCAGUAUUCACACUCUGAUACACGACCCCACCAUAGACAGGACGAACACCCGUCGGAUACUAGACCAGGACCCAGACUAGAUGACUUGUCAGCGAAUCAACCAUCGACAUCAGCCAACUUUGAUUCUUUUAGAAGGGCAAGCGAAAGCUAUGACCAGUCUUUUUUAGACAGGCGUCCUACACCCAGAUUGCACCAACCGAAAAUAGCAGAGUUCCUGCAACCAAUAGUCACAAACACUCCAAACCAGAGAGGGAAAAGGGCUCACGAAGACGGGGAAAUAGGGGACGAAAAUCAACCCUCAAAAAGAGUAGACUUCAGAAACUAG